GGGAUUUCAGCCUUGCUGCCAUGUUUGUUCGUUUUGUUUGACAUUGAAAAUGAUGGACAAAAACACUUUUCUUUUCGCUCCUUGAUGAUAAUCAGGUUUUCUUAAGAUCUUCGUGUUCUCAGCAAGGUGUCUUUCAACCAGUCAACAAGGCUAGAAGAUCAUGUGUGAUCACCAUCACUUCCGAUCCCAUACGCCAAUGGGAGACAUUGAACACACAAGCCAAUUGUCAGAAAAUAUUGGUGCCCUGUUUGAAAACUCUGAGUACAGCGAUGUCAGAUUUAUUGUGGAUGGUACAACUUUCCACGCUCACAGGGUCAUUCUUGCUGCUAGAUCAGAAUAUUUCAGAGCGAUGUUGUUUGGAGGGAUGAAGGAGUCUGACCCGAAUUGCACUGACAUAGAACUUCUUGAUCAGUCUGCUGUUGCAUUCAAGUCUCUACUGAAGUACAUCUACACUGGCAAAAUAUCUCUGAGUGCCAUGAAGGAAGAGCACUUGUUGGAUGUGCUCGGCCUAAGUCACCAAUACGGCUUCAUCGAGUUGGAAACUGCCAUUUCUGAUUAUCUAAAGGACAUCUUGAACAUCACAAACGUCUGCCUGAUCUAUGAUAUGGCCAACAUUUAUACGCUGCAGUCGUUAUCAAAGACUUGCUUUGAGUUCAUGGAUAGAAAUGCAGCAGAGGUUCUCAUAUCAGAGAAUUUUCUCGUCUUAUCCGAGUCAUCCCUGUAUGAAGUCAUAUCAAGGGAUUCCUUCUGUGCACCAGAGAUUGAUAUCUUCCAAGCAGUGUGUUCCUGGCGGGAAAACAAUCCUGAGGCAGACAUUUCAAAAAUAGUUCAGGCCGUUCGAAUAACGUUGAUGAAUAUCAAAGAACUGUUGAACUUUGUUCGGCCGACGCAUCUUGUUUGUCCCGAUGCAAUAUUAGAUGCCAUCAAGCUGCGAACAGAAUGUCGUGAUAUGGAGUUGAAUUACAGAGGGUUCUUAGUCCCUGAUGAAAACGUGGCCACCCUUCGCCAUGGUGCCCUGGUUAUCAAGGGUGAAAUCAAAGCAGCUCUGCUAGAUGGCGAAGUCACAAAUUACGACCUAGAUCGUGGGUUCAGUCGGCAUCCAAUUGAUGAAAAUCUCGGGCAAGGCCUUGUUAUCAAGCUCGGUGCACCACAUAUCAUAAAUGCUAUCAGAAUUUUACUGUGGGACAGAGACAUGAGAUCCUACUCAUAUUACAUAGAUGUGUCCAUGGAUGAACGGGACUGGAUCAGAGUCAUCGACCACCAGAAAUAUCUCUGUCGGUCGUGGCAGAAUCUCCACUUCAAGCCUGUGGUUGCUAAAUACAUCAAGGUGGUAGGGACACACAACACGGUCAAUAGGGUGUUUCAUUGUGUGGCCUUUGAAUGCAUGUACAGUAACAAGGUGGUCAAGAUGGAAAAUGGUCUCAUUGUCCCAACAGAUAAUGUUGCAACGAUUGAGGCAAGUGCCAAUGUUAUCGAGGGAGUGAGUCGGAGCCGCAAUGCCCUGAUCAAUAAAGACACCAAGAACUAUGACUGGGACAGUGGAUACACGUGCCAUCAGCUUGGCAGUGGGGCCAUAGUCGUUCAGCUCGCCCAGCCUUUUAUCAUUGGGUCGAUGAGGUUACUGUUGUGGGACUGUGACGACAGGAGCUACAGCUUCACUGUCGAGGUAUCAACAGAUCAGCAAAACUGGUACAUGGUUGCCGACAAGUCUCGGGAUGCGUGCAAGUCAUGGCAGACGAUUGUGUUCAAGAAGCGGCCGGUCACAUUCGUGCGGAUUGUUGGCACACACAACACAGCCAAUGAGGUGUUCCAUUGCGUACACUUUGAAGCCCCGGCAGAUGCGUCUGCCCUUGCCCAGUAUCUCCCGCCCCCAGAGGAGAGCAAGUCUGAGAAUCCAGUGGUCAUGGAAGAACAUGAGGAGCAGAAUCAAAAUGUCGAGCAGAUGAUAUACGAUGGAGCUGCUUAGAAUAAGAGCCUGGUUGUUUUUGUACAGUAUGUCAGGGAAUGGGAGGGUGGGUAUUCUUGGGGUGUAAAAUUUGCUCUAUCAGAAUGCUAAGAGGUGGUCGUACAUGUAGGUAUAGUCUCUAGAUUUGGGCAAUUUUACCUAUCGAGUUUUUGCAUUACUGACAAAUUACCAUUUACAAAGACGAAUUCUCUGUAUUCAUGCAUGUACUGGUAAUCUGUUUGUUUACAUGGUUCAUGAUAGUAGAUUGUGAGUUAUGCAGAAACAUUAGGCCUGGAAAUGGGGGGGGAUCCCUCCUUUGUCCUUAGUGUGUUAAUGUCCGAAUGACUGGACUGCCAUAUGUUUUAUUCCUGUAAAUAGUGUAUCAAAUUGAAUAAUGACUUCAUCAUGUAAACCCUUGUUCAAAGGUUAGGCUUUUUUGGCAAUUGAAACCUGUAAACAUGAUGUGUUUGUUUAUGAAAACCGGUGAAAAUUACACUAGCAUGGAGCUGAAUUGUACUAGGUGUAAAGAAAUAUAUCUCGCAUCCUCGUGUAUAAUACAUGUUUUUGAAGGAAUAGUCCACUUGAAAGUUAUAAAAUCAUUGUAUGCUCUAACACUCUCUGGCGUUUGACAAAGACCUACAUGUAUGCACAUUUGGUCACCCUUGGUUAAAAAGUGCCUCAGUUUGGGCCUACAUUUUAGCUACACUCUCCCAGUCUAGAUUUCACACAGAGACCCGCCAGUGCAGUGUUAAUUUCAAUUCUAUCACACCUGAAAUGCAGUUGCAAUGGAGGUUUGUUGUAAUAAUAUUUCUGCUACGUUCUGUGGUUUUGCAGUUGAGUUUUUGCUCAGAUAUUUUCUUUACUCCUAGUACAAGAAGGAACUUGUGAUAAAGUAAACUCUUUAGUUUUCUCAAAGUUAUUUUCAAGGAUUUGAUCUUUGACAUGGAAGAAUCUAGAUCAUGUUGGUCUCUUUACCAAGAUUAAUUUCUGUGUUUUAUCAUACCGUUCUAUAACCAAAGAAAAAACCAUCAUGAUAAACAUUUUUGUGGCAUCAUAUCGCUCGAGUAAAACCAAAGUAAAUGCACGAAAGAAGUGACUUUAUGCGUGUAUUUUGACAGUACAAUGUACAAAUUUAUUUGCAAAACUACUGUUGGAAUGAUCUUGUAUCAAAGUUUUCAAAAAUGCACCUAAUUUGAAUGAAAUGACUGUAAUGCUGCAAGGUAAUUGGAUCCUUGGUCACGUGUUUGCUUUCCCACGUUAUUUAAUGUAUUGUAGCUUUAGUUAUUGACUGUAUCGCUCAUCUACAUGUAUAAUCUAUGUGUUGAUGUACUAGUAUAUAGAAUACAUCGGUGUGUAAAAACCAUUUCAGGUAUUCAUACCGUGGGAGAUCCUCUUCAGGAUUUUAAACCUUAGAGCAAUUUUGGUCUGUGAUAAAUUAUCUUUGAAAAAUGUUCAAUAUACCAUGUUAUGUAAUAUAUCAUAAAGUGUGCGUACUGUAGACUAGAAGAACAAUGCUAUGGGCCCAGUUGCUCAGUCUGCGCUAUCGGUAAACAUUGGUUUUAAGUCCUAACGCGGUUAUUGUAAAUGAUAUUUUCUACAGGAGAUAAUGCUUAGGCUGGGGAUGGCGUUAGUGUCCCUAAUGCCAACUGAGCAGCUGGGCCUUGGAUGAUGCCUGUUGUUUCCCUUCCUUCUCACCAGACAGUAUCUGUAGCCAUAUUGAGACUAGCAAUUGCACAUGUUGCUGAAAAACCGAGUGGGCCGCAAUAUACUGUUUUGUAGGCUUUUCUUUGUGCAUAUGUGAAUGUGAUACGGAUACAGAAUGGUUGAUCUAAUCUGUCCUUGAUUACAUGUAAGGUUAUGUUACAAAGGCAGGGCAUCUCAACUGGUGCUUAGUUCUAUGGAGUGUAUUAUACCAGUAAAUUCGUACUCUGUUUUCCUAAUUUGGGUUUCUCUUGUGAGUGAGGAGAUGGUGCUUUGGUAUUGUGAACAAACUGCUGUUGUAUUUCUGUUAAAUUUUGAUGCAAACUGUUCCUCGGUCAUGCUAUUGCUUCAUCAGUUUGACCUAGAACCACGAAUUUAUAAAGACUUGUCUUCAUAAAUUCUUGCGAGAACUUAAAACUUAGCAACCACUUGGCAAAUGCAAACAUUGGUCAGUGGAGUAGCAUCUUGUGAAAGGAAUUUUCAUUGUCACUUGUGGCAUGUAGCAUGUAGCUGAUCAAGCUUAGGCUUUUUAUGGGAAUAUCUGAAUCUCAUUGAAAUCUUUGACUUUAACCCAUAUCACUACGACCAUCCGCUUUUGUCAUUCAGGGCUUUGUAAGGCUCACUUCCUUGUCCUGUCGCCCGGAACGAGAGACGAUCAGAAUGACAAAAUGGUCUUCAUGAUUGAGCGUCUAAUAGACACUCACUUCUUCGAAAAUCUGCUCACUUUUUCAGCCUGUGUGUGUUUGCUGGUCAGAUGUUCACCUUGCUGUUAGCACAUGUUUAUAACCAACAUUUAAAUCCAGCCAUAGAUGUUUUUAUCACCUUAGACAGAGUUUAGAGACUUUCAGUUUGGGUAAAUUGUAAAUAAACAGGAAUGA